AUGUCAAAUCUUUCGUCUUUUUCAUCAAUGGCUACUAUACUACAAACAUCUAAUAUUGUUUGGCAAAGUGUUAGUCUAACUGAUGAACUUAAAAUAAAUCUUGAAUAUGAUAUUCAUCGUGGUUUGCUUAAUAUUUUUGUAAAAAAUAUUGGUAAUAAUGACAAAUUACCAUGUCAUAUUAAUAUUCUAUCGAAACAAUCUGAAGAUAUAUGUGAAUUAAUAUCGAAUUCUAAUAAUAAUUAUCUAAUAUCAUCUGAAAUACAGCAAGAUCUAACAAACAUGAUAACUGAUAAUGAACUAAAAAUUUGUUAUGAAAUAUCAACAACUUAUGUUUAUGAUAUAAUUGAUGAGAAUGAAAAUACCGAUCAUACUGAUUUUAGUCAAACAAUGAUUUCAUCAUCCUGCUAUGAUGAUCAGACAAUGGAUAAUGAUGAUGGAUAUUCAACACAUUCAUUUGAUGAUACUGAACAAUCACUAGCAAUUCCUUCAUCCAAAUUAAUUAUACCAUCCUUUUCCUCUCUACAUCAUUAUUCUGAACAGUAUGUUUCACCUGUCCGUCAACUAAUUGAACAGCUGACAUGGUUAAAUCCAUUUAAAAAGACUAUGCAAAAAAUGAUGAUGAAUCAUAUAUUUGUAUAA